GUCCCUCCUCCCAAGUUCUGAAGUAUCAAAGGAGUCCUUGGCGACCAGGUUUUAGAUGGAGCAGCCAUUCUCUGAGGAUAGGUCUUGCAAAUAUUUUUGUGGCAGCCGUAGAACCAUGUGGCGGUCCGUUUUGACAUUGUACCAGCUGUUGUUAGUGUCCCAGCCUCUCUGGGCUCGGGCAGAAGGGCCAGUUGAAGUCAUUACCCCUCAGAUCUGCAGUCUUGAAUGCAUCCGAAAGGAGAGACCUGAAUGUGAAUAUUGCAGAGUAACAUCAGAUGACAUCAAGAACACUCUGGGUUUUAACUCCCUCCAUGUGUUUAGAGGCUGUCUUCCGUGGCCUUGUUUGGAGCUCCUUGGGGAUGAAGACCCAACGACCUGUAUGCAUUAUGUCGAAGCACCAAAUGAUUUGAAAAUAGAGUUCAUAGAUGAGGACAACCUUGAGUCUGACACUGUUGUUGUCUCCUGGAAGCCAAGCCAAUACGGAAUUGCAUUUUUGCGAGGAUUUCAAGUGUUCAUGCAGCGUAUUGGAAGCACCGCUGUUGCCUGUCAGCUGUUGCUCUUCAACCGUAACGUCUCCCACUCAGCUUCACAAGCUCAAAAGGUUUACAAGUCAGACCCAUUUCCCAACCUCUCCUUGGGAUCUAGAUAUGUUGUCACUGUCAUGGCCUUGCCGGUUCCUGAACAAUGGGACAAAUUUAACCGAAACAUCUCCUUCUACACUCGCUCAUGUGCAGAGAAGAAGGGUCUGGAGCAGUGUAAGGAGGACUGGUACCCACAGCAUAUUGAGGUCCAACAAAAUGGUUCUGUCAUUACUGUGACUUUUAACUUGGCUCCACCAAAACUGGGCAUCAGAAGGUACUUUUCCAUUUGCUACGGAAACAAAAAUAGGAAUUAUACCGACAUUGUUCCAGAUUCCUCCAAAAACAAAACCCACCACAGGUUCCAGCUGAACGGCCUCCAUAAAAGAACCAACUACACUUGUGAGAUAGCUGCUAAAGAAGUAAAUGCUAAGAGAAACCGAUUCUGGAUUUAUGUCAAGGACUCUCAGAAAGAUAUUCCUGCCGCCGAUUCCCCAUCCUUGGCUGUGGUGCUAAGUCUGUGUCUGACUGUAGCUGCCACAUUUGGAGUCCUACUGGUCGCUCUAAUGUGUUGGAGGUCAAAGAUGCAUGCAAAAAAACUUAAUAUAAAUUCAGAAAUUAUUUCCCUGAAAGAAGAGAAUAAGACUCAAAAGGAGGUGUUGAUGUUGCCUGGAGACAGACCAACCCCUCCACGUCUUCUAAUUUGCUACAGCAGCUGUGAUGGCCCUGCUCAUGUAAAUGCAGUCAUGCAGUUGGCAGCCUUCAUACAGAAGCACAUGGCGACCCAGGUGUGCCUGGACCUCUGGGAUUCUCUAAGCAUUGCAGAGGAGGGCAGUAUGGCCUGGCACUGUCGGCAGAUCAGGGAGAGUGAUUUCAUACUAGUUAUCUGUUCUCCAGGAUUUAGACAAAGUCAUGACCAAGCUGAUCAAGAGUUCAAUCAUGACAACAUUUUAGAUGUGAUGUCAACCACUUGCAGUUCUAAAGCCAUCAUCCAACUUAUUGGAGAAGAGGUGGGACAAGCCAAAGCCCGUGGAGAAGACCUGUCUAAAUACAUGGCGGCCAUUUUCCAGUACUGCAAGGAAACGGACAUCCCCAUUGAGCUGAGACUGGCAUCUCACUACACAUUACCAUGCGACUUUCCACUUCUCUUCUCUCAUCUUCAUGGUGUGGCCCUGCACAGACCAGGCAGUUACCUGAUGAUAAACAACAUCACAGAAGAGGGAUUCACUACUGUCCCAACAGGAGCUGCUCUUCAAGUGGCCAUCCAGGAGGCAGGGAUGUCACUGAGUGGAGAGCCUCAGCAGACAUUGGAAGGCCAAAAAUGCAACAGAGUAGAAGUUUAAAACUCAAUAUAAAGAGGGAAAUCAUAAUUACACCCUUUUCUUUUCAUGAAAUUUGUUUCUAUUUUGGCUGAAAAAUCCACACCAUUUAUGAAGGACAACCCGAGUUAUCCACGUAAACUAGGGACAACUAGAUGCAAAAAAGCCUAAACUGCCCAAAUGGGUAGCAUCUAGUUAAAUUUACUCUGUUACAUUUACUUGAGUAACUUUUUUAUCUACUUUUAGGAGUAGUUUUCCAGCAUUUUUCUUUUCACUUUAAGUUGAGUGAAAAUUCUAGCUACUCCAUCAAUGAAGAGUAAUGUUACUUAAUGAAAAAAAGUCUUCUUUUUUGUACUCAAGCUUAUUGGUGUUCUUCUUCCCUCUGCUGAAUCUGCCGUGUAAUUUGGAUGUAUUCUUACAUACUGCAACCAUUGAUUUUGUAACUUCUAUAACUCAAACAAAUGAAAUCAUUUGUUAUUGUCAUGGUUAGUAAGUAGAUCAGUUACUUAGUUCUUGAGUAGCAUUUUUACGUUUUACUUAAGGGACUUCUUUAAAGGAUACUUUUUACUUAAUAGUCUAAAUAGUCUUACAAUUUACCAUUUUGGGUACUCCACCCUGCUCUGCUAAAAU